AUGAUCGGGAUUAAGCUAUUACGUCAUUUCCGUAAAUAUACCCCACGUGUUCAUUUGACAGUUCGACUGUUUUCACCUACACAUCAUCAGCCUCAUCUCAGGGUGAAAACAUUUAAAUGUCAACAUAUAUCUAUCCGUCAAAGAUCAGCAUUGCCAAGUACUCAGAAGAAGAUGAAUAUAAUCAAAUCACUUAAUGAUAAACGGGAAUACAGGGUAAUUAAUUUGGAGAAUGGGUUAACUGCUGUAUUGAUAUCAGAUCCAUCAGGAGCUGAAGAAUGUCAUGCUGCUAGUCAGGAAGAUGAGAGUGAAGAAGAAAGUGAUGAAGAAGAUGAAGAAAUGUCAGGAUCAGAAGAAGAUGAAGAGAUGGAAGAAGAAGCUGUGGAAAGAGAUGAAGAUGAUAAAAAAAAGAAAUCUGGGGAAAGGAAGUCUGCAGCAGCACUAUGUAUUGGUAAUGGAUCAUUCUGUGAUCCUGAUGAUAUUCCAGGCUUUGCACAUUUUCUUGAACACAUGGUGUUUAUGGGAAGUGAGAAAUACCCAGCAGAAAAUGAGCUAGAUGAUUAUUUAGGAAAACAUGGUGGUUAUUCUAACGCUUGGACAGAUUGUGAGAGAACACUAUUUUAUUUUGAAGUACAGAAAAAGAACUUUCAGAAAUCAUUGGAUAUGUUUGCUAAUUUUUUCAUAUCUCCCUUGUUACGUGAAGAUUGUGUGGAUAGAGAGGUACAAGCUGUUGAUAGUGAAUUUCAGAUGUCUGUACCAGAUGAUGACGAUAGAGUCAAUCAAAUUAUUUCAUUAAGAGCUAAAAAGGGUCAUCCAAUGGAUAAAUUCCUCUGUGGUAAUUUAAAAACACUAAAGACACUACCUGAAGAAAGAGGUGUUAAUAUUUAUGCUAAUUUAAGAGGAUUUUAUGAAAAGAUGUAUUCAGCACAGUAUAUGACACUAGCUGUUGAAUCUAAAGAUAGUUUAGACACUCUGGAACAAUAUGUUAGAGAAUCUUUUUCUUCUUUACCUAAUAAUGGCCAACCCAAGCCUAGUUUCCACCAUUUAAAGGAUCCUUUUAAAACAGCAGAAUUCGGAAGAUUUUAUACAGUGAGUUCGGUUGAAAACAUACAUAGUUUAGACAUAGUUUGGUAUCUUCCACCUUUAUCACAGCAAUAUAGAUGUAAACCAUUAGAGUAUCUGUCAACAUUGAUAACUCAUGAAGGAAAAGGCAGCAUUUUAUCAUAUUUAAAAAACAGAACAUUAGCACUGGGUCUGUCUGGUGGUAGUAGCUAUAAUGGACUGGAUAAUAAUUCUACCUGUUCCGGUUUUACUAUUAAUAUAACAUUAACAGAUCAAGGUCUUCAACGAAUACAAGAGGUUUUGAUGGUUAUAUUUCAAUAUAUUCGCCUUUUACAAACUGUGGGACCACAGAAACGUAUAUUUGAUGAAUUGAAAAUCAUAGAAGAAAAUAAAUUUAGAUGGAAGGAAAUGGGUGAAUCAAUUGAUUAUGUUGAAGAAAUGAGUGAAAAUAUGCAGAUGUUUCCUGUAGAACAUUAUAUUACUGGUAGACAUCUAUUAUAUGAUUGGAAUGAAAAGUUAAUAGAAGAUUGUACAAUGAAUUUAAAGCCAGAUGAAGCAUGUAUCAUAUUAAGAACCAAAGCCUUUGAUAAUGAUUGUAUUUAUGAUAAAGAAGAGAAAUGGUUUGGCACUAAAUAUCAUGUUCAAGAUAUUGAUCCUGAAUGGAUAAAACAAUGGAAAGAUCCCCCUGAUAACAAAGGUUUAUUUUUACCUGAAGAUAAUAAAUAUAUAGCGUCCGAUUUCAGUAUCUCCAGUGAAACAGCUACACAGCACCCUGAAGUUAUAUUAGAAGAUGAUGGAUGUAAAGUAUGGUUUAAAAAAGAUUGUAAAUUUGAUGUUCCAAAAGGGUGUAUAUAUUUAAGAUUAACUAGUCAUGUUAUAUUUGAUACUAUACAAAAUGCUGUGUUAUGUGAUUUAUUUAUUAAUUUAUUACUACAAAAUUUAACAGAAACAGUAUAUCCAGCAGUAAUAGCAGGUUAUGAAUAUUCAAUUGAAGGAUUUCCAACUGGUGUUCUGAUAACAUUAAGUGGCUUUAAUCACAAAUUAUUAUUAUUCUUAGAAGCCUUAUUAAAUCAUAUAGAACAGUUUAGUUGUACAUCUGAAUUAUUUGAUGCUGUGAAAAUACAGUUAAAGAAAGCAUACUAUAAUGAAAUGAUAAAACCAUAUGAACUUGCCAAAAUGUUAGAGAUGUCAGUAUUAGAAGCGAAUUAUAAUCCAGUACCUGAUAGAUAUCAAAAUUUAUCAUCUGUCACCCAGUCAAUGUUAGAUACCUUUAUGUUACAAUUACGACAAAAUCUCUAUAUUGAUUCUUUUAUUUAUGGAAAUUUUCACAAAGAGGAAGUUAAGAGCAUGGGUGAUUUGUUGAAAAAUAAAUUGCAGUCAGCUGUUCCAGCAAAACAUUUAAAGCCAAAGAGAUGUUAUAGAGAGAUAGAUAAGAGAAGUAUAUAUUGCUGUGUUGAAGGUGUUAAUAAAGAUGACAAUAAUUCAUGUGUUAUAGCCUAUUAUCAAUCAGUACCAGGAUCUAUAUAUCAUUCAGUAUUGAAUGAACUCUUAGCGUAUCGUAUGAAAGAGCCAUGUUUUGAUUUUUUGAGAACUAAACAUCAGCUAGGAUAUAGUGUUGGUGCUAAUAGUCGAUUGAAUAAUGGUAUAUUAGGGUUACAAGUAUCAGUUGAAAGUCAAGCUGAUAAAUUUAGUUUGUCAACAAUAGAUGACCAUAUCAAUAAUUUUCUACAAGACUUUCAACAAAUAUUAACAGAUAUGACUGUAGAUGAAUUCAAUGGUUUAGUAAAAUCUGUAAUCACCAAUAAAUUAAUAGAUGAAGUAACAUUAGAAGAUGAAGGAAAUAGAUUGUGGAGAGAAAUCAGUAGAGAAUAUUAUUUAUUUGAUAGGAGAGAUAGAGAGAUAAGUGUGUUAGAAAAAAUAACUCACCAAGAAUUAUUAGACUGGUACAAACAAUAUGUGAAUAAGGAACAGAAAAAACUUUGUUUACAGGUUGAAGGAAAGAAAGGAAAAGAUAUGUGUAUCAAUAAUGAAAUAGAAAAAAGUAGUGAUGAUUGUUUGAUAUUCCAAUCUAUAGAAGACCCUGCCAGAACAUAUAUAACUAAUAUAGAAGAAUAUAAACAAACUUUAACUAUCUUGCCUUAUCAUAUUAUUGAUUCUUAAUUUUAUAUAGUAUAUUAAAUUUUUAACCAAU